AUGGGGUUAGAAAGCCAGAGUGUGGAGGUCCUCACCACCAUUCUGCAGUACCUCAGUCUCAAAACCGUGAUCAAAAUGCGCCUCGUCUCCCGAUUUUUUGACGACCUGAUCCUGGUCAACUUGUCACAUUUCAAGCGUCUGAGCCAAGAUAUAAGCGAUGCCCUGAUCUCCAAGCUAUUAUAUCGAAAAAUACUCGAUGACCAGGCUCUGUUUGCCCUAGUGAAGAGGAUCGCAAAGCAUGCAAACUUCACACUGUCGAAGUUCAACGACAAGCCAUGUGGUACUCACAGAUUCUUAGAUUGUUUGUGCGAUGCCCUUACGUUCUACUGCGGUCGUGAAUGGGUAAUCAAGCACAUGAGACAUCCGUUGGACUGGACAGACGUUUGGGAUGACGACGAAACCAUGAUCUUAGCCGCCUGGCUUGGGCGCUCGAGAACUGUUGAGGGGCUUCUGGCCAGUGGUCGCAACAUCGACCUGCGCCACGAAUACCUGGGCAGUCUGAUGUAUGCCGCGGCGUUCAAUGACGACGGCAAACUGACUGAAAUCCUCAUCGAGAGAGAAAUGAAUCUGCAGUAUUUCGAAGGAGCCUACGGCGAUCCCUUGCAGCUGGCUGCAUACCGUGGCUCUACUACAGUCGUUGAACACCUUCUAUACUCUGGUCUAACGCUGCUUGCCAACGCCAUAUCUGUUGGAUACGGUCCAUUCGGGAGCCCCCUCGGAGCCGCGGCCGCGGCCGGACACGCCCACAUCAUACCCACUCUAGCUACUUCACUGCAAAGCUCGGAAAUCGUGGGCCCUAACUCGAAGACGCCUCUCCACUACGCGGCCCGUCACGGACACGCCAAGGUCGUGACCGAACUCCUAGGAACAGACGUCGACGCCAGCCUCACCGAUGACGACGAUAACACUGCGCUCGAAAUUGCCGCUAGAGAGGGUCAUGUGGACGUGGUCAACGCGCUCGUGGAAGACCUUCCAUACACAUCGAUAGAGACCGACAAAACAAUACACAACCAUAUGGCCCUGCAAUACGCCGCAUGGUUUGGUCACAAAGACGUCGUUCAGGUCCUGGUCGACCGUUCCCUUGGCCAAUCCUAUACCUGCAACGGAGAUCUCCCGCCCGCUAUCUUCUGUGCUGCGCUGCGUGACCAUUUCCAGAUUGUGGAUAUCCUUCUGGCUUGUGAUCGCAAUGGACUCGGAUUUUCUGGGACUCCUAUGCCACACACCCUGCUGACUCGGCUAGUGGAGAGCGGCUCCGUCAGAAUGAUCCAGCAUAUUCUUGCUUCCGGAGUAGACGUGAAUGAACGGGACGCAAACCAGGACACAGCGCUCCAUGUAGCAUGCAGAUUCGUUCGACCACGGGUUGUGCAAGCGCUACUGGAGAAUAAAGAUCUCGAUCCGAACCGUGUGGAUGCCGAUGGUUCGACGGCUUUGGAUAUUGCUUUACAUGAGGGAUGCGACGAUAUCGCGGCGAUGCUUACUGCCGAUGAGCGCGUGAUCGAUGACUCCUAG